AUGGAGGCAGGGUCAGUGUGGCUUAAAUUGUCUCUUGAACAUGUGAAUUUUGUAAAGCCUGCAGUAAAGGUUUUUGUGGUUCAAGAGAAAAGUGGAACAGGGGUCUGGAAAUUACCAACCGCUACCGUUGAGGAGGGAGAAGAUAUAAGUGCAGCUGCCAUCUGGGAGGUGAAAGAAGAGGCUGGAUGGAUGGCAGUUGAAGAAUAUGCCAAGCAGCCCUUUGUAAAGAAGCACAAAUCUUUUGAUUACAUUGCUAAAAUAUGCAUAGCAAAGAAAGAUAACAAAUAUGUUGGAUUUUCUCCAUUGCUUACAACAACUGCUUCAUCUGCCAAAAAGAGUUACCUGUAUUCUAAUUAA